UUUCCUCUCUCCUCUGCAGAAACUCUCCAAAGGAAAAUGGCAGCGGGAAAUCAUUCCACAGUGACUGAGUUCAUCCUCGCUGGGCUAACAGAACAGCCAGAACUCCAGCUGCCCCUCUUCCUCCUCUUCCUAGGAAUCUAUGUGGUCACAGUGGUGGGGAACCUGGGCAUGAUCGCACUAAUAGGGCUCACUUCUCACCUGCACAACCCCAUGUACUAUUUCCUCAGCAGUUUGUCCUUCAUUGACUUCUGCCAUUCUACUGUCAUCACCCCCAAAAUGCUGGGGAACUUUGCGACAGAGAAGAACAUUAUCUCCUACCCUGAAUGCAUGACUCAGCUCUAUUUCUUCCUUGUUUUUGCUAUUUCAGAAUGCUACAUGUUAGCUGCAAUGGCAUAUGACCGCUAUGUUGCCAUCUGUAGCCCCUUGCUUUACAAUGUCAUCAUGUCCCAUCAGGUCUGUUUCUCCCUGAUUUUAGGGGUGUACAUUAUAGGCCUGAUUUGUGCAUUUGCUCAUACAGGCUGCAUGUUAAGGGUUCAUUUCUGCAAAUUUUAUGUGAUCAACCAUUAUUUCUGUGAUCUUCUUUCCCUCUUAAAACUCUCCUGUUCUAGUACCUAUGUCAACAAAUUACUCAUUCUAAUUUUUAGUGCAAUUAAUAUCCUUGUCCCCAGCCUGACCAUCCUUAGCUCUUACAUCUUCAUCAUUGCCAGCAUCCUCCACAUUCGCUCCACUGAGGGCAGGUCCAAAGCCUUCAGCACGUGCAGCUCUCACAUCUUGGCUGUUGCUGUUUUCUUUGGAUCUGCUGCUUUCAUGUACCUGCAGCCAUCAUCAGUCAGCUCCAUGGACCAAGGGAAAGUGUCCUCUGUGUUUUACACUAUUGUUGUGCCCAUGCUGAAUCCCCUCAUCUAUAGCCUACGGAAUAAAGAUGUUAAUGUUGCCCUAAAGAAAAUGCUAGAAAGAAGAAUAUUCUUGUAAUAAGAAAUAACACAAGGAUGAUUUAUUAGUCUCAGUCAUUGGCUAUUACAUUGUAUUCAUUGGUAUGUUUAAUCUUAGCUCACCUGUCAUAAAUAUAUAUAUAUCCUCAAAAUAUAUCUAUAUGUUGGAUAUAUAUAUAAACAUAUAUCCAUGUAUCCAUAUAUUUAGCAGGAUUCUAUUGACAUUUCUUAUCCCAAGGCCUUUGCUGCCAUUUCCCUAUGGAAUUUUCUCUCAUAAAUAUCAUUGAGACAUGGAUUAGAAGAAAUACUAAAGACAACCUGCAUACAUGGACUCACUAAUGCCAUCACCGCCAUCUUCUCCCAUUUUUCUCCCAUACAAUUGAUAAAAACCCUCAAUGAAAAUACCUUCUAGCAGUGAUUACCAACCUCCUUUCUUCUUUCUAUUCAAAAACAGCAAAAAUAAUAGCAAUAUGGUGACUGUAAUCUUUAGCUUUUACAUAUCUCUAGUCUGGAAAAUUCUCUUUCUAACCAUAUCUCACUAUACACCUUCUUUUUCUGAGUAAUUUCCUUUAUUUCUUAUCUUCAAAACCUAACCAGAACUUUAAAAUCUGAGUUAUAGACCUAUGUAUAUGUUGUUAUCGUGCCUAAUUCAAUAUCCAUCCCCCUGUUUUGUUAUCUAUUAUUCUAGUUUGUAAUGGUCCGUUUAUUGUCCAAAUUCACACAGGACUGCUAAUCUCCAUCAAGGUAGCCCGCUGUACAUUUAGUUCACUCCCAUAUCUCCAGAUAGCAGCUUGGUUCCUGUUUCCAGUGGAUUCGUUUUACCCUUCCUUUGUUUUUUUUAUUUUUGGUUUCUGGAUUUUUCAGUGGAAGUGGUUAAGUUUCUCCACUUGACUUCUAGUUUAUGGAGACUGCUUUAUCUGUGUGUAUUCAUAGUCUUGUAGUUACACAAUUUGUAGUUCAUCCAAAUCAUUAGCUGGAGGGAAGGUAGGAAAAGGAGUCACAGCUUUCAAGGACUGUUCCCUGAGAACUCUAAAGAUGUUUAACACUGAGCAUACCAAGUACACUAAGCAUACCAAGUAGACCUGGCCAAGAUCUCCAUCAAUCUACCUUGAGAUAACUAAUAAAAUGUGCCAGAAUCUGACCUGAAAAAAUACACCUUUAACGGCUAUAAGAACUUAAUUGUCGUUUCCUCAGAAAAUUCAUCUUUGAAACUCCAACUUAAAUUACUUUCUACACUGUUUCUCUCUUCUAGCUCUCAGAUACUACCUCCUUUCUUCUUAACACUGACUGCUUAUGGUAAUUGUGUGCCUUGAAUGUUUAUUCUUUUAAUCUCCCUUCUAUGAAUUGACUGAGGCUCUACCAGGGUAUAGAGUAGUCACUCAAAUAAUAUAGAUUGAAAAUUGUACCAGGGGCUGGCCCCGUGGCCGGGUAGUUAAGUUCGCGCGCUCCACUGCAGGCGGCCCAGUGUUUCGU